AACAUAUAGAAUUUUAUUUAUAUUGGUUGAAGGAAGCUCAUAUGUUCUAUUGGUUAAGGACUACUUAUGGGAUCUGAAAACGAUCUUCGACUUCUUGCGUUACAUGCAGAAGCAUAUACCACUCGAUUCGCCCGUUACUUUGGUGUGGACUUCUGGGCGAUUAAGUUUCGAAUGGACUCUAGGUACCACUCUUAUUUCCUUCGAAAUCCUAAAGUCAAGGAGCAAGGAUUUGAUCCCGAGCGAGGAUGGUAUAUGGGGACCCCAAGACUUUUCCUUCCUAAUCACGAAUACAUUGGAUAUGAAAUGCACGGUGUUCCAUCUCUCAGUGCCAACCAACCGGCGUGUAGCAGGAUAUGCAAUGGAUGUGGAUGGCGAGAAGAGACAAGAAGCAGGCGUGCGAGAGGAGGGGGUGACUCAUCUACCGACUUACCAUGCGAGUUAGUGAUUACCAUACCCAAGCAUUGAUAGCGACAAUUCUCCAAAGCCAAAGAAGGGAGAAGGAGGCAAGAGGCAACACCUUGUGGCGUGCAUACAUGCAAUUAUGGAGAAGAUGGAGAUCUCCUUAGCGGAUAUCUCCCCACCUUUUGUUCGCUCACCUUCCCCCAAACAAUUUGAAGUCGGAGUUGAAGAAGAAUCCUCCAAGGAGGAUUAAGUUCUAGGCAAUCCAGGGCCUAUUUUUUCUCUCUUUUAUUUCUUUGCUUUUUUACAUUAAACAAUGUCUAAUUUUUCUAUGCUUUUUGUUUCCAUAUACCUCGUUAUUUUAAUUACCUAGUAGUAGUAGUAGUACACUUAAAUAACUAUUUAUCUAUGUUAUUGUUUUCCGGCAAGAAAACUUGCGUUGAAAAAAAUUGCACAUUUGACUUCUUUCAUCUAGCAUUGGGAGCCACAAUGAACAAGUAUGGGCACAAUGGGUCCCCUUGCCUCACAGUCUUCUUGACUGGGCAAUAACCAAACAAUGAAAAGUGGACUUUAACGCUAAACUAUGAAAAACUAAUACAUUCUCGAAUCCAUUCAAUAUAAGUGCUAGAAAAAAUCAGGGCCUCCAUGAUAACACCUAAAUUGGUGUUAUUUAUUCUCCAUUCUUGAGGCAUUUUCAUGCUAAAAUAUCAUGUCUGGGCCAUAUUGCAAGUGCUAAUUUAUAAUAAUAUUCUCUCAUAUUCGUCAAUCGUUGGCUUUAGCAUGAGUUAUUUUGCUAUGAAUGCUUUUUAUAGGGAAAUCACUUCACUUUGUCGUGUUUUAUCCCCACUUUGCCGUGUUUUAUGCUUGCAUGGUGUUUUGCGAUGAUAUUCCAUGUCUUGUACUCAUCUACAAUCGAUCAUAGAUUGAUUUAUAGUUCAUGUGAGCACGUUGCAUAGCAUAGAAGCAAGAAUUUAAAGAGUUUCAUAGGUCACGACCACGGAUACACCCUUAACCUACAAAGAGGUCGUGACCUAUACCAGAUUUAUGAUAAUACCCUUUUAUGCAGUUGACGAAGGAGAGUCAACCUAGAGUGUGAAAUUAGGGUUUUGGGAAGUUCUUAGUGAGUGAAACACCUUGAGGGAGCUUGGGAAGGAGGAAUUCAUCCAAGAUUCAAUGAGAAGGGUGAAAUCCAAGAAGAAAAGACGAAUUCAAGCAUUUUUCUCUUCUUUGUUUGUAUUUCUUCUCUCUCUGUGACUUGUACCCUAAGGUUGUUUAGUGGAGAUGAAUCCUAGUAUGUAUUUAGGGUUUGAUUGAUUGAAUGAGAAAAUAGAUCUUCGUGAUCAAAUAAGGUGUUUAUUGCUUCUUUGCAAGGUUUGAUUGCUUGAAAUAGCAUGUUGCAUGAUUAGCCCUAGGGUUCACUAUGUGGAUAUGUGUAAAGAGUCUUCUGCCUAGGUUAGAUGAUCUAGGGUCGUAAUUGGUGGACAAGAUAACCAUUCUCUGCCAAUUAGGAGCCCAUCUAGUUGAUGCUAGAAAGGUAAGUGUGUGACCAUUGACCUAGUGUAUGGAUGGGUAGAACCCAGUUAGAGGAGGUAGAAUCCAUCCCUAGUCUAGAAGAUCGGUUGUGAUGAAAUUAGGCCGGUGGACUUGGAUAGAAGGGGGAUCAGCGGCUUGACCAUUUCAUCGCUCCCUAUAUUAGCGACCUCUACACCACAAAUUAGGUUAGCAUCAAUCAACUACCCGACCACUACUAGGAGGACUUGAACUUAGACAACCAUCUCAUCUCUAGUGAUCUCCCAAACACUUUUAGGUUAGUUUAGUAUUAAACCAACUUUUUUACUUGAUUAGAUAGUAGAUCGGAGCAAAGUAAUAGUAAGCCUAAGGUGCCCUUGGAAUACGACCGUGCCACCAUAUAAAGAGCUUAACAAUUGGAAACCUGCCAUUUCUAAGGUAAGGAGUUAGUGAGCAUUGAUUAUAAAUGUAAAAUUCGAUC